GGCAUAACACCGGACCUUCCUUCUGCGCAGGCGCACAGACGGCAUUUCCGGAUAGGACAUGUAAUAUAAAUACGGUGGUGUAGCGCUCGGCCGUCGGUAGAACAACAUAUUAAACCAAUGAUUCCCAUAUGUCCAGUAGUAUCCUUCACCUAUGUGCCCAGCCGGCUUGGUGAAGAUGCCAAAAUGGCUACCGGCAAUUACUUUGGAUUUACCCAUGGCGCGGCCGCCCAGUACAGUCAGCAGCCAACUGCCGGGGUAGCAUACACUCAUCCCACCACAGUGGCCAGUUACACAGUCCAUCAAGCCCCUGUGGCGGCUCACACCGUGGCGGCGGCCUAUGCGCCCACUGCAGCAACCGUUGCAGUAGCUAGGCCCGCCCCCGUCUCAGUAGCAGCCGCUACUGCUGCAGCCUACGGGGGAUACCAGCCCACCCAUGCUGCCACGGACUACGGCUACCCUCAGCGCCAGCCGGAAGUCCCUCCACCCCCACCACCAGUCACCUCACAGAACUACCAGGACUCCUACUCGUAUGCCCGGUCUACAGCUACUGUAGCGUAUGACAGUAAGCAGUACUACCAACAGCCCACGGCUACAGCAGCAGUUGCUGCUGCACAGCCACAACCUAGCGUGGCAGAUUCCUACUACCAGACAGCCCCCAAAGCAGGAUAUAGCCAGGGGGUGACAUCAUACACUCAGAGCCAGCAGAGUCGACAGGUGACUGUGAUAAAGCCAGCAGCUCCCAGUCCCGCCUCCUCCACCUUCUCCAUCUACCCAGUGACCUCCACUGUCCAGCCCGUGGCUGCUGCUGCCUCCGUGGUUCCUUCUUACUCCCAGAGCCCGACCUACAGCACCAACGCUGUCACAUAUUCUGGGACGUCGUACUCGGGCUAUGAAGCAGCGGUUUACUCUGCAGCCUCCAGCUACUACCAGCAGCAGCAGCAGCAACAGAAGCAGGCGGUGGCAGCUGUAGCAGCAACCGCAGCAUGGACGGGGAACACUUUCACCAAGAAACCGCCCUUCCAGAGCAAGCAGCUUCGGCCCAAGCAACCGCCCAAACCCCCUCAGAUCCACUAUUGUGAUGUGUGUAAGAUCAGCUGUGCUGGUCCACAGACUUAUAAGGAGCAUCUGGAAGGCCAGAAACACAAGAAAAAGGAAGCGGCGCUGAAGGUUUCCCAGAGCAGCAGCAGCAGUGGCAGCGGUGGGGGGGUGUUGGCCCGCAACGCUCAGAACCAGCUCCGCUGUGAACUCUGUGAUGUUUCCUGCACCGGUGCUGACGCCUACGCUGCUCACAUCCGUGGAGCCAAACACCAGAAGGUUGUGAAGCUUCAUACCAAACUAGGUAAGCCCAUUCCCUCGACCGAGCCCAGUAUGGUCACUCAGACGUCCUCCUCCACCACCGCUGCUCCCAGUAAGACCACCACAGCCACCCUGAGCAGCUCCAGCAGCAGCAGCAGCUCCCUGUGUGUGUCUGCCUCCUCCUCCACCACCACCAGCUCCAGCCCCCCCUACCUCAAACCUGUCAACAUCGUCAGCGGCGGGAUGGCGGGCGUCAAGAACCCGUUAGCUAACAACCUCUCUGCUGCCAACGCCACCUCCGCUGGGAAAAAGGUCAACACACCCAAGAUCAAUUUUGUUGGUGGCAGUAAAUUACAGACCACGGGGAAGAUGGAAGAGGCCAAAGUGGAGGCGUCUAAGCCUGCGGCGCCCUCUCUGGGGUCUCACGACUCCAAGACUGAAGUGUGUGACUCUCUGUCCUCGUCGGCUCUGGCCGCCCUGCAGAGUGACGUCCAGCCGGUCGGCCAUGACUAUGUGGAGGAGGUCCGAAACGACGAAGGCAAAGUCAUCCGCUUCCACUGCAAGCUGUGUGAAUGUAGCUUCAACGAUCCAAACGCAAAGGAAAUGCAUCUCAAAGGGCGCAGGCAUCGUCUGCAGUACAAGAAAAAGGUGAACCCAGAUCUGCAGGUGGAGGUGAAGCCGAGCAUCCGAGCCAGAAAGAUUCAGGAGGAGAAGAUGAGGAAGCAAAUGCAGAAAGAGGAGUACUGGAGAAGAAGAGAGGAGGAGGAGCGCUGGAGGAUGGAGAUGAGGCGUUAUGAAGAAGACAUGUACUGGCGGCGUAUGGAGGAGGAGCAGCACCACUGGGAUGACCGGCGGCGCAUGCCAGACGGAGGGUACCCACAGGGGCCCCCUGGCCCCCCUGGUCUACUCGGGGUCCGGCCCGGCAUGCCUGGCCUGCAGCCUCAGGGACCUGUGCCCCCACGCCGGCCUGAUUCUUCAGAUGACCGCUACGUCAUGACCAAACACGCAGCCAUCUAUCCCUCAGAGGACGAGCUCCAGUCCAUCCAGAAGAUCGUCUCUAUCACAGAACGGGCCCUCAAACUGGUCUCAGACAUCAUCACGGACCAGGACAAAUCCAAGGAAGAGGACAAAGAGGAGAAGGAGCCCUGUAAAGACAGAGCCCUGAAGGGAGUGAUGAGGGUUGGCGUCCUGGCCAAAGGCUUGCUGCUGCGUGGGGACAAGAAUGUCAACCUGGUCCUGCUCUGCUCCGAGAAGCCCACCAAGAGCCUCCUCAGCCGCAUUGUGGAGCACCUCCCCAAACAACUAACAAUUGUCACACCAGAGAAAUAUGAGGUCAGUGGAUCCAUCCAGGAGUCGGCCAUCAUCCUGACGUCCGGCACCGACCCAAAGAUGCAAGUGACCAUCACACUGACUUCCCCCGUCAUCAGAGAGGAGCCUGGUCGGGACGGAGAUGUAACCUCGGGUAUGGUGAAAGACCCAGCGGACGUCUUGGACAGGCAAAAAUGCCUUGACGCUCUGGCUGCUCUGCGCCACGCUAAGUGGUUCCAGGCUAGAGCAAACGGACUCCAGUCGUGUGUGAUCAUCAUCCGGAUCCUGCGGGACCUCUGUCAGCGGGUCCCCACAUGGUCUCCCUUCCCUGGAUGGGCCAUGGAGCUGCUGGUUGAGAAGGCCAUCAGCAGCGCGUCGGCCCCCCUCAGCCCAGGUGACGCUCUGAGACGGGUCUUUGAAUGUAUUUCUUCUGGGAUUUUACUCACUGGUGGUCCAGGACUAGUGGAUCCCUGUGAGAAGAAGCCUGUGGACACCCUCACCUGUCUGGGGGAGCAGCAGAGAGAGGACAUCACCUCCAGCGCCCAGUUCGCUCUGAGGCUUUUGGCGUUCCGUCAGAUCCAUAAAGUGUUGGGCAUGGACCCUCUGCCGCAGAUAAACCCUCGCUUCAACGUUCGCAACAGCCGCAAGCGUCGCCGGGACAACAGCGACGGGACGGACAGCUUCGAGGGCGAAGGCAAAAAGGACAAGAAGGAUUACGACAGUUUCUAAGCUUCUCUAUUAUCGAUGUAUCCAUGCAGAGAUGUACUAACAUGUUGUAUGCGCUGUCUCCUGUGUGCUGGCUGAGGUCUAGUGUUGCUGUUGUUCUUUUUAUUUUUCCUUCCUAAGCUACGGAUGUAUGGAGUAGCUGCAGCCUCACUCUGCUCUGUAUUACACAAACAGAAAUGUCACUCUGUGUACUGUUUUAGUUGUAGAUUUCCUGACGCCCGGGCUCAGUCCUCUCUGCUAGAUAACGGUUUUUACCUGACGUGCUGAUAACUCCUGAAGCAUCCGACGCGUGUUUCUGUUGGAGUUGAAGUCGUCGGGGAAACUGGACAUCAUAGGAACAAAACGGCUCGUCUAUAUUGUGGAUCAGGAGCGUUGGAUCAGCAAUGCUACACGUAUGCCUUCAUUCAUUUGUAUAGAUGCAUUCAGAUGUUGACUCUGUUGUUGUUACUAUUGUAAAGCAUUUCUUUGGCCAACCAAUAUUUGAAAGUGUUCCUUUAGAAUAUGAAUAACUGUGCUUAAUGCAAGUGAUGUUUGAUGCUGUGGUCUUGUUUCGUCUCAAUGCUAGGCUACACUUAAGCUAAAAGACCUCCGGGGCAUUGCACACAGAUUCAGAAGAACUUUAACUGUUAGAGAUCUUUGUUAGUAGUAAAGUUAUCGGCCCUAAUUGUGGUUUUAUGUCUUUUCAUUUUCAUAUAUAUGGAAGUAUUUGUAUAAUCUUAAAAUAGAGAAAAAAAAAAGGCUUUGGUUUGUGAAAAAAACAUGAACAUGUUCACUUUGAGUACUGUUUUUGCUUUUAACAUUUAGUUUUCCUUGUAAAUAAGGAACUUUAUUGGCUUGCUUGCCUUUUAACAUGGUUAGGUGCUAAAUUAAAUUCAGUACUGGAAAUGAGAAGUCAAGUCCUGACUGGGAAUGGGAGGGACGGUGAUGUAGUUGCCCUUCAGUGUAGGUCCUGCUGUGAAUGCUUGCUGUGCGCUGCACUCUGCUUUACAACCCAGAAACACAAUAAACAUUUCCAGAUCCAAUAA